AUGGCAUUACACCGGAUUUCGGACCUUUUUGUCAGCAAGGUUCUCGGUAUUGAUGUGAAGAGCAGGUACGCUUCAAUACCAUCGGACCUUAACAAGCGUGCCACAGAAGUUCUCGACUCCGCCGAAGUUUAUUUAGAAGACGAGCCUUCAGUGGCGGAGUGGUUCAAAGAACUCGCACCUUCUAGAAAAGGAGUCUGCGAGUAUGUUGUCAGUUUAUUCCCAUCGGCGUCAUGGACCAAACGAUACAAUAUUCGGUGGUUGGCAGGGGACUUGGUUGCCGGAAUAACUAUUGGUUUGGUCGUAGUCCCUCAAGCAUUGGCCUACGCCGCUUUGGCUGACUUGACGCCUCCGUACGGCUUGUACACUUCCUUCACCGGAGCGGUUCUGUACUGGGUCUUUGGAACAUCUAAAGAUAUCGUCAUUGGCACAACUGCGGUGGGAUCACUGCUUGUUGGGCAGGUCAUCAACAGAGUCACGAUGGAGACGGGGGAUUAUACCCAUGAACAGAUUGCUCAUUGCCUAAGCAUGAUGUCAGGUGCUGUUCUUCUCUUCUUGGGUCUGAUACGGUUGGGUUGGGUGAUAGAAUUCAUCCCAUACAUUCCUAUUUCUGCAUUUGUCACCGCUGCCAGCAUCACGAUCAUGUCAACCCAAAUACCAACGGCACUUGGCCUCCCAAGUGUCAAUACAAGGGCCCCUCCCUAUCAAGUCAUCAUUGAUACUUUCAAGUCGCUUCCCCAAAUACAGCUUGAUGCAGCCGUUGGUUUAUCUUCUAUCGUACUUCUCUUUGGCAUUCGUGGAUUUUGCACCAUGAUGGAGAAACGCCAACCCGACAAACGGCGGAUGUGGUCGUCUAUAUCAUCUUUGCGACUCACAUUUACCAUGCUUCUCUUCACUUUAAUCAGCUACUUGGCUAAUCGCACUAGCAUGGAAGGAAAGCCCAAAUUUCGCAUUGUCGGCCACAUUGACAAAGGCUUUCAGCGCGCUGGUGUACCGAACAUUGACCUUAAUUUGAUAAGGCUUGUAAUUUCGGAAUUGCCUGCCGUGGCCAUCAUAUUGGUCAUUGAGCAUAUAGCCAUUGCAAAGGCCAUGGGCAGGCUGUACGAUUACACUGUCAACCCAUCCCAGGAAAUUGUAGCUCUUGGCGCAGCCAAUCUCCUGAGUCCAUUUGUUGGAGGAUAUGUUUGUACAGGGUCUUUUGGCGCUUCUGCUGUCCUUUCCAAAGCCGGAGUCAGAACUCCUUUGGCUGGACUAUUUAGCGCAGGGGUUCUUGUGCUUGCACUGUAUGCCUUGACGGGAGUUUUCUACUACAUUCCGAAAGCUGCUCUUGCUGGCCUCAUUAUCCACGCAGUUUGUAACUUGCUGACCCCUCCCAAGAAUUUGUACAAAUAUUGGCAGCUUUCUCCGGUCGAAUUUCUGAUAUGGAUCAUUGGAGUGACUUUGGCAAUAUUUGUGUCACUAGAAGCGUGUAUAUACGCGGGUACCGCUUUGUCAAUUGUUCUAGUUCUGGUCCGGCUUGCCAGAACGCGAGGGACAUUUUUGGGAGUCGUGAAAGUUAAACGGGUCGCAUCAGCGAAACAGUAUGGAGAUGGUGAAGGUCAUUCCAACAGCAGCAAAUCACGCCAUUCCACAUCAGAUGCCUUCAUGCCCUUGGACGGGUCUGGGCCAACAAACCCAAAUAUCAAGAUUGAGUCUCCGUACCCGGGAGUCUUCAUUUAUCAGCUUCACGAAGGAUUCAACUACACAAAUCAAGCAUACCACAUUGACAUUCUCACCAAGUACAUUAUGAAUAACACCCAGAGACUAUCGGAAGAAGCCUUCGAGAAAGAAUCAGACCGUCUCUGGAACGAUCCAGGGCCGAAGGGGCACAAUCCACAUUCUUAUUUGCUGCCAUAUCUCCGCGCCAUCGUUAUGGACUUUGGCGCAGUGAAUCACGUUGAUAUUACUUCGGUCCAGGGACUUAUUGAUUUGAGGAAUGUUCUGGACAACUACUCUGCUCCAGACGCUGUGGAGUGGCAUUUUGCCAAUAUUCAUAAUCGCUGGACUCGGCGAGCCCUGGGUGUAGCAGGAUUCGGGUAUCCAACUGCACAUAAUCCAGAAGCAUUGAGACACUGGCAGCCUAUAUAUAGCAUUGCAGCCACGCUCUCCGAAAAGGACGGGCCGUUUGGGGAUGUGCAUCGAUGCGGUGGUACGGAUGUAGAUUCUGAUGACGAGCGAACACAGGCUCCUCCGACCCCAGUGCAAGAUGACAUUGCUCGUACAAAGAGGCCAGGGAGCAUUCGCGCCUCGUUGAACAGAGGCGACAGCACACAGAUGGCAGCAAUUCAAGGAAUCAACAGACCCUUCUUUCAUGUUGACCUUUACAGUGCUGUUCAGGCCGCCGUUACUGACGCUCGAAGUAAAGACUUGUCAGCUAUGGUAUGA